AUGGGAGAUGAGAAAUCGGAAAUUAUGGUGGGGGUAGUCGGGAACAACAGUAGAGAAAGAGAUCGAGAGCUUUUGAUACCAGUGGCUGACUCCAUUGACCACCAUCACCAUCAUGAUGAUGACUCUUCAAAACCCUUAUCUUCCACUUCCGCUUCUCACCAAAACUCAGGCCGCGAGACUUUUUACAAAGUUGUCAGGAGCUGGGCUUCGAAGAAGUUUAUGACUGGGUGUGUCAUCCUCUUCCCAAUAGCUAUCACUUUCUAUAUAACAUGGUGGUUUAUUCACUUUGUGGAUGGCUUUUUCUCACCGAUUUACGCGCAGCUUGGAAUUGACAUCUUUGGUCUAGGAUUUGUUACUUCUAUUACAUUUAUUUUCUUGGUUGGAGUAUUCAUGUCAUCGUGGUUGGGGGCAUCUGUUUUAAGCCUUGGGGAAUGGUUCAUCAAGCGUAUGCCAUUUGUUCGUCAUAUUUACAGUGCCUCCAAGCAAAUUAGUGCUGCGAUAUCUCCUGAUCAGAACACUCAGGCUUUCAAGGAAGUGGCCAUUAUAAGGCAUCCACGUAUUGGUGAAUAUGCAUUUGGGUUCAUCACUUCGUCUGUCACGCUCCAGAAUUAUGCGGCAGAGGAAGAGCUAUGCUGUGUAUAUGUCCCAACAAACCAUCUAUAUAUCGGUGACAUUUUUUUGGUCAAUGCCAAAGACGUUAUAAGACCAAACUUGUCUGUCCGGGAAGGAAUUGAAAUUGUUGUAUCGGGUGGCAUGUCAAUGCCCCAGAUACUGUCCACCUUGGAUCCAAGAACUAUUCAAAUGGAUAGGAACAAGAUCAAGUCAGAUGAAUGGUACGUAGCGGUUGUGUGGAAAUAUAGUUUGCUUCGUGUUUUGCGUAUCAGAAGAUAUAGUUGUUUAAAGUUAAAAAGAUAG